AAAGAAUUCGACAGAACAAAAAAGUAUUGUUAUAGAAGAACGAAACUCGAUUACAGUGCUCAUUUCGACACUUUUAAAGGUAAAUUAUGGCUUGCACGUGGAAAAUAUGUGAAUUUAUUAAGAUGCUUGUUGCAAUUUUAUUGUAUGGUUACUUGUGGGGAAUGUUUGGUGGAUUGACAGUUUCUCUGGCACGUAGCCCACCGGUUUAUGAAGAUGGGAAAACUACUUUUGAUAGUCGACUAAGAAUAUUGUUCUGUGCUCUUCACGGAGUUCUUGCUAUAGCGUUCACCGCCUGCUUUAUACUGCAUGAGUUUCAUCAAUCAUCUAACAACAAUGAAACUAGCAACGAGAAUGAAGAGACUUUUCCACUGAUCCGUGAACACGAAACUCCUGUCAUAGAUAGACCAUAUAGACUCGGACAGUCCAGGGAAAACGUGCCAAAUGUAUUUUAUACUACAUCUCAAUCAACUGCAAGUAGGAACGCUGUUUCAUUCGACUUAACGGAUGAUUUAUUUGAAACUGUGUCUCCUGAGAAGAGUUACGAUUCCGUUGGACAAAAUAUAAGUCUGUUAGAUUUUUGGGGAAGUGAAACAGGUCUUUACACGGAUGAUGAAGACGAUUUCAAAUUUGGUCCUUUAACUUUCAAAGAAUAACAGCGACGAUUGACGUAGUGUGGAAAUCAUCGACGAUUUUAUUUGAAUGUGAAUCCAAUUUAAUUUGACAAAAUGAGACCGUUUUGGCCAUUCUUUUCUUUUAAAAAAAAUUGAUUUUAAUCUAUAAAUACAUUUGACCUAUUUAUUCUUUUUAAACAAUAAAUUUAUCUAAAAUUGUUUCCCGUUCUUCUUUACAGCGUAUAUAUGUUUUUGUAAACAACGAUUUUAAUUGUAAUUGGUUAAUGUUUUAAAGUGUUGAAAUAUUUCUGUAUUCUACAUUAAUUUUUGCACAAGUCUAAUAAAAAAAGACUACUUUUUAGGGAAAUAUUCUUUUUGAUUCUGACCUAAAUGUAAGGGGAAAUUAGUGUUUUUAAAAUUUAACAACACACAAAAAUAAUGUCGAAUUGAAGGAAUGAAUAGUUUCAGAUAUUAAAAAAAAUCUUUUCCUCAGUAAUAAAAUAUUUUAGUUUAUUCCAUGUAGUAUAGAUAACAGCCGGGAAAGUAAAAAU